AUGGAGGGGAGUACUGAGAAAAAGGAAAAUAAAACGGAGGAUUUGAAAUCGGUAUCGGAUAGUUUAAAAAUGCUAGCCGAUGAACGUGAGAAAGAAAUGGAACCUGAGAAGCUUAUGGUCAAGAAUGCAAUCGAUAAGGGUAAUACGAAGCAAAUUCGCAUUCAUGCAAGGAAUAUGGUUCGUAUGAGACAAGAAGUGACAAAUUACCGUCAAAUAUCUAAGCGUCUUGAUUCUAUGGUUGAUUACUUUGAUAAUGUACCGGAGGACAGUACGGUGCUUAGUUCGAUUCCACUGAUUAUUGAAUCUAUUGAUUCCGCAUUGGCAACUGGAAAUUCUAAGAAGAUGUUAAAAACAAUGGAUCAAAUUGAAACACAAUUUUUCACUACCGAACUUGUGGCAAAAUUCAAGAGUUUGUCAGGUACCGAGAACACACGGAUUUCCUUGUCGGAAGAUGAGGAAAUUAGUAGUUUGAUUCAAAAGUUAACUGAAGAAUACAAUUCGCAGGCGACAGUUGAGAAUGAAGAUAAAGAGGUACAAAAGGUUAAUGAAGAUGACGUUGAAGUUAUGAUUAAAACUUCUAGCUGCUUCCACAUUUUUGCUUGUUGGUCUCAUUGA